UGGGUGUCAGUGCCCACCUUCACUCCUGAGGAGCACUUCCCUCUGAUCUGCUGCUGCUGAGAGACUCUAACCGAGAAGGUAAGGAGAGAAACUCACCUGAGAAAAACCACCUGACUUUUAUACUUUAUAACAGUUUUCAUGUUUUAAAGACUAAAUAUGUGAAGAAUAAUUUACAGACUGAUCAUAAUAAUAAUCAUAAUAAACAGCAGCUGAUGUUUUGAAUAAUGUGAAGAUGAUCUCCUCCUCUAUGUCUUUUGUCUAAUUUCAGUUUUACUGUCUUUUUAUCUUUUGUUAAACUUGAACUCUUUUCUUAAUUUACCUUUUAGGCCUUUUAAUGUUUUAUCUCUCGCUCAUUUCUGUUGCUCUAUUUUAUCAUUACUAUUAUUAUCAGGAUUACUUUAUUAUUUUAUUAUCAUUGUUGAUAUUGCCUUUUGUAUUUACUGUCCUGUUUCCACUUUUGACCUCCCUUUUAAUUGCAUUUUCUUUUUUCGUAACUAUUUCAUCUUUUUAUUUUGGUCCUCAUGGUCUCGUUUUAUGUCGCACGGUUCUUGUUUUGUCUUAUGAAAAUGGCCUUUAAUUCUGUUUUAACUGAGAUUUUUGUUUUUGUCUUUUUCCAUGUGCUCUAUGACUACAUGUCAAAGCUCUUUGUAAACUUCUGUUUUUAAAAGUGCUAUAAAAAUAAAGUUUUUAUUAUUAUUAUUAUAUUCAUCAGCGCUGCAGUCGCUUGGAAAUCAUGACCGUCCUCAAACUCCUGGGUCUCCUGCAGCUGUUGGCUGUUCCUGUCUUUACUGUGAGUCUCAUUCAAACAAUAUUAUUGACUUUUAAACAAAUAUCUGCGUUUACAAAAAUACUUGAUCAGGAGUAGAAACAGUCAAGUACAUGAUGUCCAAACCGUCUGCGUGAGAGACAGAGUGAGGUGUGGACUUGGUGACACAUGUGCCCACAUGUGGUGUUGUUUAUGUCGUCGAGGACCGAGGGUUUGUGGGAGAACGUUCCAGCAUCUAUUUCAGAGUCUGCAGCGUGUUCUUAGAGUGUGGUGGUGGUUGGUGGUGACUUAUGAUAUAGCAUGUAUGUGAGCACUGUAUGUUCCCGAGUCCGACUGAGUAGGAGUGUCACAUUUUUCUGUGUUUACUCCUCCAGCUGACACAGCCCAGCCAUGACUACUGGGGCGAGUUCGGAGCCUACGGACCCUGCAGCCGCACCUGCGGCACGGGGGUCGCAAUGAGGAUGAGAAAGUGUAUCACCUCAAGGUCAGAAUCAGAACCAGAACAAGAACCAGAACCAGAACCAGAAUCAGAAUCAGAAUCAGUGUGACCUUUAUUGUCAUUAUACUGGAGGUUGGAGAGCUUCUCCAUUUUCAGGCAAUAGAUAGAAAACAAAGAGAGAAUUAAAAAUACAAAAAUAGUUGUAAGAAAUAAAGAAUAGGUACAGACGAUAUACAAGAUAAAAUCCUCCAGUGCAGAGUAAAGAGUGCAAUAAAAACUUUAUACAAGAAAAGGAAAGUGAGAUAAAUAUUAAGAUUAUAUAAAAUAUUGAGGUAGGUGGAGACAUGAUCAAAUGCCGUAAUGAGGGACAUGAGUUUUUACGUGAAGGAAGAUAUUUAAGUAGACACUUAAGUGCUUUUAUCUCAAAUAUUUAUACUGAAAUAAAUAAAAUAAAAUAAAAUAAAAUAAAAAUAGAUGUUUUCAAAUAGUUUUUACGUCCUCACCCUGCAGGACUGAUGGAGGUCAUAACUGUUUGGGAUCCUCCAAAUCCUAUCGAACCUGUAACACUCAGGUAAAACACUUCAUUAAACCUCUUCAUGAUAAUAAUAAAGAUAUUUCUACAUCCAGACUUUAAUCCCACAUGUUUGUUUCAGCCGUGUCCUGCUGGGUCUCGGGACUUCAGGGAGGAGCAGUGCUCUCUGUUAGACAGGACGGACUUCCAGAGCAAACAGCACACAUGGGUCCCUUAUUAUGGAGGUACAGGACCUGAAGCUGAGACAACAUGAGUCUCACUGUCCCUCAGACUUGUGUAGAUGUGGAGGUUUGUAGAUGUUCUCUGAGAUGUCCACAGAUUGGUAAAGUUUCUUUCACGUCUCUUGUCUGCAGCUACUAAUCCCUGUGAGCUUCAGUGCGUCCCCAGAGGAGCGAACUUCUUCUACAGACACAGACCUGCAGUGGUGGACGGGACACCGUGUUACGUGGGCCGGACUGACAUCUGUGUGGACGGCGUCUGCAGGGUGAGAACCAAACUGAACCAUAACCACAGACUUCUGCUUCUUCUGUUCCUCUAUUAAAAUACUUUUAUUUACCUUCAGUUUGUGAUUGUUCAGGAAACUCUAACAGUCCCAGCUCUUAAUAACUUAAUGAUGACACUGAAAAUCAUCACCCCCCCCCCUCAUAGAUGCUGGUCCAUGGAGACUUCAUGGGUCUGGAUGAGGACCCUAACUCAGUCCACUCUUCUGCUCCUGUGGCUCUUUCUCCUCACCCGAGAGACACUCAAUCCUAUCACUACAAAACUGGUGUGUAUGGGGAGUGCUCUGCAGCCUGCGGUGGAGGCAUGCAGUACCGCAGCGUGCAGUGUUGGGCUCAGGACCCUCGGAACCCCCGUGUGGUGGAAGAGUCUUACUGCAUCACCCAGAGACUGCAGAGACCGGCGAGCCAGCAGGCCUGUAACAUGCAGCCCUGUGCAGCCGAGUACACCGCCUCCAGCUACAGCGUGGUUCGUACCGCAGAGACACCACUCAACUUUGAGUUUUAACUUUUCAAACAAACUAAAGAUGUUUUACAUUUUAUUUAACCUUUAUUUAACCAGACUAGUCCCGCUGAGAUCUCUUUUUCAACCUGACCAAGAAUGGUAGCAAAAAACAAACACACUCAGACUCUCACAGCUCAACUUCAGCAACAAGAACAGUCAAAAUAAAACCUCAGCUAAAUUCAAUCUGCAGGUUAUUCCACGCAAAAGGAGCAGAAAACCUGAAGGCCUUCUGUCUCAGCUCAGUUCAGACUUUUGGAACAGCAAACUGCACAAACUAUGUAAUCCUUCCUUUAAGACGAGCAAGGAGGAAAGGAAAGGAGGAAAGGAAAGGAAGAAAGGUAUGUUCUUAGAGAAGUCCAGUUGACCUUGGAAUAUCAGUCACAGUGGUGAGUAAGAAAUCUACAGUUGGUGAUAAAUCUCAGAGCUCCAUGAUAAACUCUGUCCAACAUCUGGAGACUCUGAGCAGAAACAUUCAUGUCAGUAAAUCAUCAUAAUCCAGAACAAGUCAAAAUGUCGACUCAACAAGUUUCUUUUUAACCAUAAAGGGAAAUAAAACUCUUUUCUGUAGUAAAACUUUAAGAUUUUUGGUAAAAUACUGACUAUUCUCUUUAAAAGACAAGUUUUCAUCGAGCAAAAAAAACAGACAACUAAGAAACAGAAGUAGAAUUAAAGGACGUUCAUCUCUAAAGUACGAUAUAAAAUACACACGAGUCUAUGAUGGAAGAACAAACUCACUUCUGAUCUCUGUUUAAAGUUUAUUAACGGUGAAAAGACAAUAAUCUCUCUGUUACUGGAUAAACUGAAGAUUAAAAAUGACCUCUGUUAUAAAUUAUUCAUGUUUUAAUGUUUUAAUGUUUUAUUGUUUGGACUGAAACGGUUGUAACGUCUUGUUGUUUAGUGCUCUGUGACCUGUGGAGAAGGUCAGCAGACCAGAGAGGUCGUCUGUAGGGGGUCACGAGGUGAACACCUCCCUGACAGCGCCUGUAGCGGAGCAUCCAGACCCGCAUCGGUCCGCGCCUGCCGCAGACCCGCCUGCCAACAACACAUCACCUGGCAUGUGACAGACUAUGGACUGGUAGGUUUAGAGAAACUCAGACCAGAACUUCAUCUCCAUGUUAUCGAUGUUUACUUCCAUGGUUUCUAACAGUGCACCAGGAGCUGUGGAGGGGGAGUGAGGGAGAGGAGGGUGGGCUGCUUCGAUACAGACUUGAACCCCUUCCCAGAGGCCCGCUGUGGACCGACCAGCAGACCCAUCUCUGUGGAGUCGUGUAACACACAGGCCUGUCCCAGAGCCCAGAGUGAGACAUGACUACACACACUAACACACACACUCACACACACUAACACACACUCACACUGACACACACUCCAUCAGCUGUUUGUGCUGCUCUCACACUCUGUGCUCUCUCUGCAGCGGUGCCAAGUGUGCAGGACCCGAGGACACAAGAAAACACCAUCAGAGGAUUUGUUCCUCAUAUUCCUGGAGAGCCCUACGGUAUGUGAGCGUGAGGGGAUUUCUUGGUCUCAUUCUCUACAUGCUUUAACACGCGGCUGAUGUAUGUGAGACUAUCGAGAGCAGAGGUACAGACGAUGAACUGCGUGAUCUUAAAUCAGUGUGAAACCACUUAUUUAGGUUCGCUCAGAGUCAGCGUACCUUCAGGCAGGAGAAGCUAAACUGUGCUGCAGUGUUGUAACUGUCUAGACCAUGAUUACACAUCAGUUUACCUGUUUUUACUUCUAUAUGCUAAAGACAAAAAAUAUCCAUGUAAAUUUAACUUGUUCCAAAUUUAAUCCCAAACGUUCAAAAAAAGGAAGAGCACAUAUUUUCACAGACUAAUAGCAUGUCCAGUCUGAGUAUGACCCUGUCUGUGUCUGUGUUUGCUCUCUUUAGCCUCCAGCCCACAGACAAACAUCAACUUUGAGCCUCAGCCUGCUGUGAUCAGUCCCUCUCACUGUGGGCGCGCUUUCUACGGCUGCUGUCCUGACGGUUACACCGCCGCCACAGGGCCUCACGGGGAGGGCUGCUCCCUCAACGACUGUGUCCGCAGCAGGUAACAGUAUUCUUGUCACUGAUGUGCAGAAUGUCACACAAAGAUAUCUCAGUGAUUCAGUGAAGGUGUUUCUGACAUUUAAAGAUACUCCUCCUCCUCCUCCUCCUCCUCCUCCUCCUCCUCUCAGGUUCGGCUGCUGUUUGGACGGCGUGACUUCAGCUCAAGGGUUCGGACGGGCUGGAUGUCCUGAGUACCAGACGCCUGUGGUAGGAACACGUUUUGGGCAGAACUUUUUAUUCUUUAUGAACAAGUUUAUUUAUAAAGUGAAGACUAUCCCUGAGCCCAGAGCCCAGAGCCGGCCCGAGCCUCAAUGGGGCCCGAAGCAAAGUUUGAUUUUGGGGCCCUCUAUUUCUGCCAAUAAUAUUGAUUAUUGAUCAUUCACACACCUUCACAAAUCUCUUUGAUUAGCAUUCCAUUAUAUGCAAAAAUACCUUUAUCUUGGUGUUUUUUCUCUUCUUUCUCUUUCUUUUUUCUGCUCCUGAAGGAUUCGUCCUUUUUUUACGACAUUGUUUGCCCCAUUCAUUACGACUUUAUGAAGUCGUAAUAAAGAAAUUACUUACAAGAAAAAAGUCGUAAUAGAAUCAUUAUUGACUAGAAUAAAGUCGUAAUGAAUUAAUUUAUUACAAGAAUAAUGUCGUAAUAAAGUAACUACUUACGAGACUAAAGUUGUAGUAAAGUAAUUACUUAUGAGAAUAAAGUCGUUGUAAAAUCAUUACUCACAAAAAUAAAGUUAAAGAUUAAAGUUUAAUCUCAAAGUCUUAAUUUUUUUUUCUUAAUGUGGCCCUAAUACUCUGUCGUAAAAAAUAAAAAAUAUUAAAAAUGUUUUUUUUAAUUUGCUCUUGGGGGCCCCCUAUUGGCCUCGGGGCCCUGAGCAGGUGCUCUGUUUGCUUAUGCCGUCUCUGCCUGAGUCUCUAAUAACACUUUAAAUAAAAGAGUUCGAUUUAUGAUUUUCUCUUUGUUUCCCUCUCAGCAGUACUCUCCAGACCCCGUUACUCCAUCCACCGGUGAUGUGUGUCUCCUCCCCCGUGACGAGGGCCCCUGUGACACGUGGAAGAUCCGUUUCUACUACAACACAACGAUGGCCAAAUGUACCGAGUUCUGGUAUGGAAGCUGUCACGGAAAUGGAAACAACUUUUUGACCCUGGACUCUUGCCAGAGAGAGUGUGGGAGCGUUUUGAGGGAGACCCCACCAGCACCUCAGAGCGGGACCGCCAGGAGAGGGCCACCCAGGGGGGCCCAGAGGGCAAGAGCAUAACCAUGUCAUCUCUUAGUCUACAAAUCAUCAAAAUAACAAAGUGUCACCUGUAUGAAGUUAUUUUUGUACACACAGCAUGUUCGAGAACAUGCACUAACAUGUGAUGAAGAGAAUUCCACAUACCUUUAUAUUAAAACAGGAAUUUACAUCAAAAAGAAGAAGACCACCUCAGACUGGGGUCGUAAAUCUCAACUUUAUUAUCUUUUUUUUUUUUACUUUUUGGUCUUUAAUUUGUAAAAGUUGUUUUUGUUUCACUCGUACUUCUCCAAAUAGAUCAGGGCUCUAAUUAAACGAUUGCUAAUGUUCACUUAAAUUCCUGAGCCUGUUGAAUAAAGUCGAAACUUUCUGGUAAUCUUGGAGAAAA